AUGAGUUUUCAAACUAAUACAAGUAAUAAUUUAAAUUACGAAUUACCAUAUGAUUCUAAUUUAUUAAUCCAAAAAUAUACAAUAAGCUUUAAUAACACAUUUAAGAAAGAUAUUAAAUUUAUUCAAAUUUUAUUUCCUUUAUUUGAUGUAUCUUGUAUUACCUUUUAUUUCUCAUUAUUUUUAAUUUUAAUUUUUUUAUGUCUGGAUGUUUAUUUUUUCAAUGUACAGAGACCAUUGUAUAUCAAUGAAGAUACAUUAAGAAAUAUAGGAAUUAAUAAAUUUUAUAUUUCAAAUAAUUAUCAUUAUUAUAAAAUAAUCAGUGCUGCACUUUUUCAUUCAAAUAUAUGGAAUUUAAUAAUUAAUACUUACUAUUUAAUGAAUAUAGGAAUAAUUAUAGAAAAAAAUUAUGGUAAAUUAAAAUAUAUGUUAUUAAUGUUAUUUUGUGCUAUCUGUGGUAAUUUAUUAACUUGUGCAACUGCAAAAUGCAACGAUAUUCAAAUGGGAAUUAGCCCAAUUUUAUCAGGUUUUGUUGGUAUAUUUUUACAAGAAAUUAUAAUACAUUAUAAUAAAAUAAAAGACAAAUUAAGUGUUAUAGGAAAUUUUAUAUUUGCAUUUUUAUCAUUGUAUUUAAUGAUAACAAUAUUUCCUUAUAAUGGAAAUAUAUUUGGAAAUAUUGGGGGAUUAUUUACUGGUAUAAGUUAUCCUUUUAUAUUUAAAAAUGAUUCUUUUAAUAACCCAGAUAAAAAGUUAAAAAUAGCAUUUAUGAUCUUAAUUAUUUUAUUAGUAAGUGCUACAAUAAGUAGUAUCAUCAUUUUUAAAUGUUAA